AUGCUCGUUGUUGUGCGUCUAUUGGCUGCGAAAAUCGCAAAACGAGUUGUGAUUCGCCGCCUCGCGACGUCGCUUCUCCCGAUCUCUCCAAGCCGCCGCACCGUCUCCCCUUCCCAGCUCCCCGACAGCUCCUAUUCUCGCAACCCCCUUCCCUCCACCCAAUCUCCAUUGCCCGCCGCCCAUCUCCCAUUCACGCCGCACGAUCUCGACAUCCCGCCGGCCAAUCCUUCCUUACGCCGCCCGAUCUCCCCUUUCCGCCGCCCAAUUCCCCCUAUCCGCCGCCCGAUCUCCCUUUUCCGCCGCCCAAUCUCCCUAUUCCGCCGCCCAAUCUCCCUAUUCCGCCGCCCAAUCUCCCUUUUCCGCCGCCGCCAAUUUCCCUUUGCCGCGCCCACUCUCCCUGUUCCGCCGCACAAUCUCCCUUAUUCGCCGCCCAACCUCCCUUUCCCGCCGCCCAAUCUCUACUACCCGCGGCUCAAUCUCCCCUUCCCGCCUCCCGUUCUCCCCUUCCCCCCUACCGUCCAGCACCUUCCCGCCUCCCGCUCUCCCCAUCCCUGCAUCCCCCUCUCCCCAUCCCUGCAUCCCCCUCUCCCCAUCCCUGCAUCCCCCUCUCCCCACUCCCUGCAUCCCCUUCUCUCCCAUCACUCCCGCUCUCCCCAUCCCUUCAUUCCCUUCCCUCCCUUCUCUCCCUUCCCUCCCUUCUCUCCCUCCCUCUCUUCUCUCCCUCCCUCCCUUCUCUCUCUUCUCUCCCUUCUCUCCCUUCCCUCCCUUCUCUCCCUUCCCUCCCUUCUCUCCCUUCCCUCCCUUCUCUCCCUUCCCUCCCUUCUCUCCCUUCCCUCCCUUCUCUCCCUUCCCUCCUUUCUCUCACUUCCCUCCCUUCUCUCACCUCCCUCCCUUCUCUCACCUCCCUCCCUUCUCUCACCUCCCUCCCUUCUCUCCCUUCCCUCCCUUCUCUCCCUUCCCUCCCUUCUCUCCCUUCCCUCCCUUCUCUCCCUCCCUCUCUUCUCUCCCUCCCUCCCUUCUCUCUCUUCUCUCCCUUCUCUCCCUUCCCUCCCUUCUCUCUCUCUUCCCUCCCUUCUCUCCCUUCCCUCCCUUCUCUCCCUUCCCUCCCUUCUCUCCCUUCCCUCCCUUCUCUCACCUCCCUCCCUUCUCUCACCUCCCUCCCUUCUCUCUCCCUCCCUCUCCCCCCUACCUUCUUGUCCAUCCUCGGGACUGCUCCCAUCAGCGCCAACCCUCUCUGCGCACCUUUUCUGUCUCCCCCUUUUGUUUUUCACAUCCCACCUCCCCAUCUCGCUACCCCGCCUCCCCAUCUCCCCUUCCCCUCAGCUCCUCUAUUUCUGCCCUUCCGUCCUACCUCUUCAUCCUCACCCCGCCACCCCAUCUCCUCGACCCUUCUUCCCUUCCCCUCCCUGCAUCCCCAUCUCCUCUCCCUGCAUCCCCAUCUCCCCGCCCUACAUACCUCUCUCCCCUCCCUGCAUCCUCCCUAAACCCUUCCAGAGUCUGCUUCUCCUUAUUUCUCCCCUGCCCCCUCCUGCCUCCCUUCAUUUCCCCCCCUUCUUCCCCUCAUUUGCCCCCUUGAUUCCCCCCAUUUCCCCUCCUCACUUCUGUCAUCACAGCCUAUGGUUCAAAUACUCCCCUUCUCCCCGACUACCGGCAUUUCAGUAA